AUGGAUCGAGGGUCUGAAUUUACAAACAAUGAAUUACGUGGGAUAUUCCGUAAAAGUGGUAUUCAGCCCAUCUAUAUUACUACGACUGCUGACUCAUCCUCAAACGGUAUUACUGAAAGGACCAAUCUAACAUUGCUCAACGAUUGUCGUACAUUACUUGCAGCGACAGGUUUGCCAAAUCAAUUAUGGUUUCAUGCUGUAUCAUUUGCAACCCUUAUGCGAAAUGCUUUUCACACAUCUUCCAUCAAAUCUACUCCACGUGCGAAAGCAGGUCUAGUUGGACUAGCCGCUAGUUCACUACUACCGUUCGGUCAAGAUGUCAUCCUUCAUACUCCCAAUACUCAUUCGAAGCUUGAUGUCCGUGGACUCAAGGCCUUCGCAUUAACUCCUUCAAAUGAAUCUCACCGUUACUUAUUCUAUGUUCCUAGUAGUCACAAAGUUGUUGACAGCAGCAAUUUUUCACUUAUUAGGGGAGACAAAGCUACCGCUACAGAAUCAGCUCCAAAUGUCUUUGAUGAACUAUUAGCGCUGUAUGAUUCCACAAUUGCAACACCAACUUUAGUACCUGCCCCUGAUGUUCAGAUUCAUCGUAAAGAUGACGGUGUUCAACCAGUUGACAUUCUUCCUAUAAUUGAUGACAUUGCUAAAGAUGUUGAACUUCAACCUUAUCUGGAAACACUUGAUGAAUUAGCACAAUCUGCUCUUCGAAAAUCAACACAAGAAGAUUCUAACCUUGAUAAUGAAAUCGACAUGAUAAGUGAGAACGCUUUACAUUCCGAAAACCCUGCAGUUUCUGGUGAUGACUCAGCACCAUAUCUGAAUCUGCAUCUAGUUUGUCAUCUUUUAAUGAAAUUGUCGAUAUUACCGAGGAAACGGUCUUCUGUCUGGGCGAUGAUAAUUCUUGUAUUGUUGCCAAAGAUUCAACUUCCAGUUCUAAUCCAAGUUCCCCUUCUAGUUCUAAUACAAGCUCUACUUCCAAUUCUACUUCAAACUCAACUUCUAGUUCUACUCAAACUCCAAAUUCCAGUUCUAUUCUAA